CUCUGUGGGCAAUGGGUGCUGCUGGUGGUGGCUGCUUGCUUUGCUGUAUUCCUGCUGGCUGGAUGGCAUUCCUGCGGGAGCAGUUGUGCUUUCUGACAGGUUGGGAUUCUAUCAGGAGCAUCAGACAAAUGUGGAUUUUGGUGCUGAUGUGUUUCUGGGCCGGGUGCCCGGCUUUGCUGCUUUCUGGCUGCGUUGUGAUGUGAAGCUGCCAAUGUCUGGGGCUGCUUUUGUGGUGAAGGUGCUUUGCUGUAAACAGAGAUGUUCAGGUGUGGCAGAAUGGCAGCACUGGGAUGUCGGUGGGGUGGGCAGUGGGAUUCCUUCCUGUGCCAUUAGUGCCAACCCCAGCCUUCCUCUGGGCCGGAGUGGUGUCAAACCAAACUUCUAAAUAAGUCUUAAUUGUGAAAUACGGGAAUGGAUACCAAUCUCUGAGCCUCUUCUUUGGCGAUGAAGAAUCUUCACCGUGCUCUGGUGGCUGCAGCUGGGUGCUGGGCUCUGCUGGAACGGCACUGCGGGUGUUACUCAUUAAACCUCUUUAACUUUGGAACUCGUGUUCACCAGCAGCUCUCCUUUCUGAUGAUCCCCCCUGCGAGGGGAUGGGGCGGCUCUGCUGAGGGGUCCUCUGUGCAUCUGCAGUGGGGGUUUGUGUAACAGCCACAGAAACAACGCAGCAAUGUGUUACAAAAAGCAAAUCUCAGCUGCAGCCUUUCUUUUUUUCUUCUUAUUCCCCGUGGCUUUGGAAACGUGAGCAAUAAAUGUGUGUGGGCUGGAUGGAGUGUGAGGGGUGAAAGCACGUCCAGCUGCUCCGUGUUGAGUUUCUGUGGAUUGCUUAAUAAAGAGUCUGAUGCUCAUAUAUGUGUGUGUAUAUAUGCCAGAUAAUGGCUGCUUCCUAAUGGCUGAGCCUUACAAAUUUGGACUGAAACUGAAAAGCAAAGCUAUGUUUUCUGUCUGUGAUGUGUGUCAUCACUUGUAACACACAGAUCUUGGUAGCUCCCAGAAGUCAGAAUCCAACCCACCUCCAAAACAAGGCACUGCUGCAUUGCUUUGCAGGGAGCAAAUGGGACUGCAAGGAAUAGAUGCUGCUUUUGUAUUUAAGGCUCCACAAGUGUAGGGCUUGCAUUUAUGUGGACAGGUGCUGUAGGAUCAGGGCAUGAGGCACUGAAAGUACAGGGGAAAACAGCUCUGAAUAGCAUCAAAGACAAGAUUGUUGAGCAAACAGAGACGCCUUCACAUGUCUGCAUCUUCCAAAAUAGAUCCAAGCUUAAUAAUAGCAGUUUAGGAUUAGAGGUUUCCUUUCAGUCAUCUUUCUCAAUCAUCCUUCAGAGUCCCGUUUUAAAACAGUUGCAUGUUGCAUUCCAAAGCUCUUCAGCACAAGUUCUAUUUCGGUGGGUUUAUUUUUGGUAGAGAUCAAUCUGAUAUUGUGACCUACAUUUCUCCUGGGGAUAAUAUCAGCCCAGGAGCUCUCCCUGCUCUGCUGAAGGGCACUGCUUUGCAGUUCCAGCUCCGUGAGACGAGAAGGAACUAACGACAGGUAGUAAUUAGAAACAGUCAGCAGACUGCGGGCAUCAGAAUAACUCAGUGAGGAACCACCACCACCGUAUGGGGAUGUCUGUGCACGUGGUCUGAUGGGACCAGACAACAGAACUUCCCAAGUGCCAACGUUGCUGCUGUUGGGGUCGUGCCCUGGGCUCUCUUUCAUUGCAGCGUGGUGUUAUUUGAGCAAUUAUUUGAGUUCCUCUUUUGGAAGACACCCCCAGGAGCUGUAAGCGUGCGAUGUCUUCACGGAGCUCCUGCAAAUGGUGUCAGUGUUAAGGACAGUGUGAGUGUGGGCUGCACACAGCUCCAUCACCACAAAUUGGUCAUGCACCAGUACAGCCAAGGCUGAGCCCUCUCUGGCUCUGUGUUAACAUCUCUGCUGCAGCCAAGGGGGUUUUGAGAGUGAAGUCUGGCACUAAUUUAUGAGAGCGAUGCAAGGGGGAAAAAAUAAAAUAGGUCAGCAAGUCUGAAAGGUGCUGACAAGCAUUUAAUGGCUAGAGAUUGUUAAAAAGGAGGAGAAAUAAAAGCUCUUCAGGUGGCAUUUUGCAGUAAGCAAGCUGUUGUGCCUCGGGUUUCCCAGGUAUGGGAUGGGGCAGGGAUGAAGCAACUUGCUGCAGGAUGCUGAGGAGCAGUUGGGAAAUCCAGAUUUCCCAAACUCGCAUUCCUUGAAUGGAAGCUAAAGCUAUGGAAAAAUGGCUCUUGGAGCAAUCUUGCUGCUUCGAGAGCAGAUCUUUGUAGCUGCACCCCAUCUGUGAACCAGUGCAGAGCUCGGAGGGCCGUCUUUCAGUGCAGCUGUGCAGGAAGGGAGCCCUGCAGGCACCGAUGUGCUGUGCUCAGUGUGCUGCUGUAAUGUCAUCCGUGCUGCACUGACGGCACGUGUGGGGCACUGGAGCUGUCUGUCCCUUAAAAUAACCCCCAGUGCCUUUGGGGAUGUACUGCUAGGAAUAUGUAUUUCCAUUUUCCAGAACUGGGUUUUUACAUUUCUGUAUGUCUUUUCUAGUAUCUGAGUGAUGCAGAGCAAUCGGAAUGAGUGGCAGCCUGAAUGUUCACUGUAAGCAAUGGAAGAGGACAGAACAGGGUCGAUUGCUUCACCCUUAGAAAUCAUGCAUUUGGUUUUGGACCUUGCAGCUGAGUUCCUUGGGAGAGAAAAGAAUGAAUAUGGUCAACAACACAGUUUUAGGAGCCAGAGCCCUUCUGCCCACUUGGAAGUGCAACUGGUAUGGGUAAUGGUGUGAGAGAAGGUCAAGUGGAUUUCAAAGGGCAGGAUGUGGAGCCAACUGCAUCAGCUCAUCUUCCAGCAGAGGGUAUCCAGGAGCAGAAGAAAGUGCUUAACUCCCUGAUGUCCGGUGCACUGGCUGGUGCUGUUGCCAAAACUGCAGUAGCUCCACUGGAUAGAACAAAAAUCAUGUUUCAGGUGUCUUCAAAAAGAUUUUCUGCCAAGGAAGCCUACAGGCUGAUUUAUCACACCUACCUCAACGAGGGCUUCUGGAGUCUCUGGCGGGGGAACUCAGCCACCAUGGUGCGCGUGAUCCCUUAUGCUGCCAUUCAGUUCUGUGCACACGAGGAGUACAAGCAGCUCCUGGGGAGCUACUACGGCUUCCAGGGAAAAGCGCUGACACCCUUUCCUCGAUUCAUUGCUGGCUCUCUGGCAGGCACAACGGCUGCCAUGUUAACCUACCCCUUGGAUAUGGUCCGUGCUCGAAUGGCUGUCACGCCGAAGGAGAUGUACAGCAAUAUUGUUCAUGUCUUCAUCCGAAUAUCCCGAGAGGAAGGAUUGAAAACACUGUAUAGGGGAUUUACACCAACCAUCCUGGGAGUGAUUCCGUAUGCCGGGCUUAGCUUUUUCACCUAUGAGACACUGAAGAAACUGCAUGCAGAUCACAGUGGGAAAUCGCAGCCGUCCCCUCCGGAGCGGCUUUUGUUCGGUGCCUGUGCAGGUUUGAUCGGCCAGUCGGCAUCUUACCCCCUGGAUGUGGUUCGCAGGCGAAUGCAGACGGCGGGGGUUAUGGGACACACGUACAGCUCCAUCCUUCUCACCAUGCAGGAGAUUAUAAGAGAAGAGGGACUAAUCCGUGGUUUGUACAAAGGACUCAGCAUGAAUUGGGUCAAAGGUCCGAUUGCAGUGGGAAUAAGCUUCACAACCUUUGACCUGACGCAGAUCCUUCUCCGUAAAUUACAGCACAGCACUAAUGUUGAAAGGUAGUAGCUUAAUCCCCACAGCCCUCGCUGGAGAAAAGUACGACACGUGUAGAAAGAGCAAUGCUAGCGUUCCCUCGCUCUGUACGUGCUCUCCCGCAGCUGAGAACUUACCUUUCUUGUUUGUUUGUUUGUUCCUUUUGUGCUGUUGUUGCUUGGUUUUCUUUUUUUUAAUGAGCCUCCUCGUCGUUUUGAGACCUCAACCUGCAACUAACCCUCCCCUACACGACAUCCUUUCCGCCGCUCCGCAGAACGGUGUCCUCUUCAGAAGCUGCCUCAUCCUCCUGCCUUGUCCUUCGAUGCUGGGAGUGGAGCCUCAAACAAACAACAGUGCUGCUGUGCUCCAGGUCUGAUCUCCGGGCAGAUGGAGUGGGGAUGAGAGAGAGAGAGAGAGAGAGGACUCGGUGCUGUCGGAAUGAACUCCUGGAUGUGGGAAGUCAGCACAGUCCUGGGAGGCGGUUCUUACUGAGCACUGCUGGAGGCAGUCUGCCAAGUGCAAUAUUCCAGUUAAUCUGUCGGGAAUUCCACAUUCCUCUGACCUGUGAGCACCGAGUUCUGUAAAACAGGACACAGCAGGGUUGAACAGGUCCGGGUCACUUCUUUUCUUCUGGAAGCUGUGUGUGAGCUCUGGCUGGAAGAGCUGCCCGUUUGCAGGUGUUGUUUUUCAUUUCUGGGUUGAGUUGCAUGAAAUCUCCCUUGCGUGCAGCGUUCCCCUGAGAUUACCAAAGACUGUAGGCAGCAGGGGAGGAAAGUUCUGAGCAGUUUUGUAAAUCAUAUUCUCAUGUUUGCUGUCAGUGUCAUUGAUGGGGGCUGUGCCUGGGAUCACAGACUGGAUUGGAUCGAACUGCAGCAGUGCUUUCAGGCCAUCAGAACCUUCCGUUGUCGUCAUGGUCUUAAAGGCAGCUGUUCUCCAAGGGAUUUGGCUGUAGUGCCCUAGGCAAGAAAAGAAACUGUUACAUACUUAAAUUUUCAGCAGUUACGUCCUUCAGUAUUAUCGUUGCUGCUUUAUGCACAUUGCAGGAACAAACGUCUCAAAGAUGCACACGUGAUGCAGGUUGAGCUGCCCCCAAAGGCUGGUUGUGUCUGUUGGACGCAGCCUGGUGGCCCUGCUUCCCAACAACCUCUGUCCUUUGGUGCCUGCUGUGUUCUUACUCCACGCCUAAACCCACUUGCUUUCAAUCCUUGAGUUCCUCUGGACUGUGUCCUUAGGAGAAUGGGCUCCACAGUCAGUACCGACCCCUCAGAAGUUGUGUCUAGUGCCAAUCAUUUCCAGUUGCAAUUUGAAAAUGAAUGGUAGAGUACCUUUCAUUGUUUCUAUUUCAAGUCAGGCUUUGGAGAAAUGGAGAUCUGAGGGUGGCUUUGUUUUAUGUUCUGUUCCUGUAUUAAAUUUGGAGUGCAAGAGGUCACAACGAGCUUUAGAGUUCUCUGGGAAUCCCAUUCCACAAGCCAAGAUGAAAAAUCCCUUCCCAGCUGAUACUACCCAUGUAGAGGGGAGAUAACAUAUAAAAGAAAAACAAGACAUAAUCUAAAAGCUGUCCUUCUCUGGUGUAUAUAUUUUAGUCACUGUAGUUUGACCCUUGUCACAGCUUUAUUAAUGGGAAUGGAGGUAAUUGCACAACUGGUAGAAAUAGCUUUUUCCUUUCUUUUGUCUUUGCACUUGUUCUUCGGAGCAUAACUCGCUUCUAAUGCCAAAUAUUUCCCUAGGAACUGAGCACUUGUGCUUCCAGUUGGUGGACGUGGCGGGCAGCAUCCUGCAGUGUUAGUGUGUGUGUUGAUUCCAGAAGACAGGGAUCGAUCCUACCGUAAUGGUUGUGGAUGGGCAGGGUAUGAACCUCAGUGAUUUCUGCCUCUAAGCCCACCAAUGAUGAUUUCCAUUGUGAAACUUGACUGCAGUCACCAUCUCACCUUGUAAUUAAAUGUUAGGUGUCGUCGUAAGAGUCGUUAGAGAUGAUAGCCACGAGUUCUCUAUCUUUUUGCUUCCUUGCUAAUGGAAGAUGAUCAGCUGUUUUCUUCAUUGGGUGAAACGUUCAGUCCUUUGCAAGAGCUCUGAUUUCUUUUCUCCAAUGGAGAAGCCAAUUACUUCUGCUCUUGCUUUGGUCUCGCUUGGCCUGGUGAGGAAGUGCUGGGGCAUCUCAGCAGGAACGAGGUGCAGACCAGCAAUGAAAAGUGUAAGCAGUGGCUGUUGUAGGUGUGUGCUUGCAUGUCCCACCAUAUGUACAACCCACACUGAGUUCUCGCUCAGCUUGGAGGCUGCUGAGCACAGUCCUUUCUGCACUGAUGACUUCUGCAGUGACAGCAGAGGAAGCUGAGCUGUGCCUCCCAAGCUCGGGCAGGCUCCUGUGCUCUGCACUCCAGCUGGGGCAAGCGCUGCAGUUCUUGUCUUAUGAGGCAGGGCACCUCCUGCCCUGCUGGGUGUGCAGCUGAGUGUUGGUGAGUGGAAAUCCUAUGGAGGGGAUGGUUUGUGGCACCUCGCAGCCUGGCUGGAGCCUGAGGGCUGAGCUGAGGAUGGAGACCUGAAGCACAGCCUGGCUUGGAAGUGCUGAGCUGAGGGAAGCUGUUCCUUCAUUAGCAGCUACACCUGAUUUUAAUUCAGUGAACUGUCAGCCAAACGCAUUUCUCCAAGUUCUGCAGGCUGAGAGCUUAUUUGGAGAGAGAUCUGAAUUCAGUCUGUAAUUGUUUUGGUGCUUUUAUUUCUUGGGCAAGAGAAUAACUGUGUCACCGCUUUGGGCUGUUUUGAAUAGUUCUUUCUUUUCCCUUGGUUUGAAUGUAGAAGAGGAGAAACGGAGUGUUCUCUUCCCUUCUCUUAAUCUUUGUGUGAAUUGAGAUACGUUCCAGAUCUCUGUGCUGCCCGGAAUGAAUGUCUGAGGAGCUCUGGGCACAGUGAUUGGGAAGGGGAGGUGCCUGUGUGCCAGCCAAGAGCCAUUCCUUGAGCUCUGAGGAGAAAAGCAUAAAGGAACAUCCUCCAGUUCUUUGCUUUAAAACUAAUUUACUACCCCAAGUUCAAUUCCUUGCUUUAAUUUUCAAGUCAUGCGUCUUACUUUUCUCGAAUGCAUUACUGCCAAACGUUCACCUGUGCUUUUAUUAUUUUUUUUUCCCUUGUCUUUUCUUCCUGCUUCUGCACCUUUAGUUCUGCACUUGCACUUCGAGAAAAUCAGGUCCAUUGAAAUGCAUCUAAAGUGACAAAACUGGAGCUUUGAUAGGGAUCCCCGAAACAGUCCUGCUCAUGGGCAUGGAGAGUUCUGCAUGGGGCAAGAAGGUAAAGGCAUGAGGUGAUGGGGCAGAAGGUUUUGGGAAGGUUCUUGGGUUCCUUGCCCAGCCUCACGCCUUUCCUUGGCUCACUGCAAGGCGCUGCUGCUCAUCAGCUCCUCUUUGGGCACCUCCAGGUGCUGUGCUCUGUGCAAGCAAUGUGGGGAGACUUUGUGCUGCAGGCAAGGAUAGCAGGGGCAUAAAGUCACUGAAAGGCACGGGAUGAGCAUUAUCCAGCCCUUUUCCCCUGGGCUGGUGCAGAGGAGGAGGUCUGGAGCUGUGCUGCACAACAGCCUUUGCUAUUGCAGGGCUCGUGCUUCCCACUCCUCUCCACGCCGUGUGAUGGAUGCAGGGUGUCCCAGCACUGCUCGCUGCCUGUGUGGUCUAUGCAUAUAUUAACACAAACACUGUUAAAUGCCUUUUGUCCAGACGUGUCCUCACCAUCGGUGUGUGUGCGUGCGUCGAUUUCUGACUGCUUUUCUUGGAUCUGGAGUUCUAUUUUAUUGCAGUGAAGACACUUUGGUAUAUAAUGUUUAUAUAUUUUAAGAUUUGUGCCAAGAGAGGAUGUAUAUUUAAUAAAAAAUUUAAUCGAC